CUUUCCAGCCGUACAUCUAUGAAUCCAUAAACAGGUGUGUACUUUCUUCACAGAUGCAGAUCAGGAACUUGACAUCGCUGACACCAGCAGGUGAGGGGGGGCUGACAUGGCCCAUAGGCAUCAAUGCCCCUUUUGUUCCCAAAUCCCGCUUUGAGGUGAUCAGCUGGGACUACUUCACCGAGCAGCAUCUCUUCUCCUGUGCUGAUGGCUCCCCCAAAUGUGAGCUGGCUGGAGCCAGCAAGGCAGAUGUUAGUGACAUCAUUGAGGCGGCACUGCAGCAGCUCCACAGCUGUUACCAGCCCCAGCUUCGUUUCUACAAGCAACAGUUGCUGAAUGGCUACCGGCGCUUUGACCCUACACGGGGCAUGGAGUACAUGCUGGACCUCUUGCUGGAGGCUGUCACCCAGAAGGGCCACAGCCAUGUUCUCGCUAAGCGAGUGAGUCUAGUGCGGCCUCUCAGCAAGCUGGAGAUCAUCCCCAUGCCAUAUGUGACAGAGGCCACACGUGUGCAGGUGGUGCUGCCCCUGACCGUGCAGGAGCUGGACUUUGUCAGCAACUUCCUGGACAUGUUUGCUAUGAACACACUGGACACACAUGACAAUGCCCUGCUAACACUGCUCUUCAUCUACCAGCCUUAUGAUGCCCAGCGGGUCAGCCAGCUGGAUGUCUUUGCUGGGGUCAAAGCUAUGGUGGGAGAGCUGGAAAAGCGCUACAGAGAGGUGAAAAUCCCCUGGAUCAGCGUCAAAACUGAGGUGCCAUCCCAGGUGAAGCUCAUGGACAUAGUGUCAAAGAAGCACCCAGUGGACACUCUCUUCUUCUUGGCCAGCGUUUGGACAGAGGUUAACACAGAGUUCCUGAAUCGCUGCCGCAUGAACACCAUCAGUAACUGGCAGGUCUUCUUUCCAAUGCACUUCCAGGAGUUCAACCCAGUGCUGAUGUACCAUGGGGAGCAGGCCGCCUCCUCCAGCACUGACUUCCUGAGGGAUGGGCACUUUGACCGUCACGCCUUUGCUGAGGCUUGCUUCUACAACUCUGACUACAUGGCAGCACGCACCAAGUUGGCAGCUGACAUUUUGGACCGGGAUGAAGUGCUGGAGAGCAUGGAAGUAUUUGAUGUCUUCCUUCGCUACUCUGGCCUGCAUCUGUUCCGGGCUGUGGAGCCAGGGCUGGUGCAGAAAUACAUGCUCCGGAGCUGCAACCCCCGACUGAGUGAGGAACUCUAUCACCGCUGUGUGCUUAGUAACCUGGAGGGACUCUCCUCCCGCUCGCACCUCGCCAUGGCCCUUUUUGAGCAGGAACAGGCCAAUAGCACCUGAAGGACCAGUUGCUACCAAUGGUUCCCAGCACCUUAACAUUUGCACCUUCCACCCUUCUUCCCAGCCCCAACUGUGUCCUUGGAAAGAUGGGGGUACGAGGCCCCGGGGUGGGCAGGGCAGUUGAAAGAUUUGGUUUCAUAAGAAAAGUGAUUAAAGUUUCUUCUCAUGCAACUUACUUUGUGAGAAACUAACA